GAAAUCGCACCAAGAUUAUGUUAAAACAAUAUAAGAAUUCUUCUGCAACAUAUACUGAUAUAAUUGGAUCGAUAUACUUAACACACUGAUAUCAUUUCCAGGCCAAACUAUGGCUCAGAUGAUAGAGGUGAUUCUUAACGACCGUUUGGGCCGUAAGAUAAGGGUUAAAUGUAAUAGUGAUGACACGAUAUUAGAUCUCAAAAAAUUGGUGGCAGCUCAAACAGGAACUAGGUAUGACAAAAUUAGAAUUCAAAAGUGGUAUACCAUUUACAAGGAUCACAUAACAUUGGAGGAUUAUGAGAUAAAAGAUGGCAUGGGUCUUGAAUUGUUUUACAAUUAAAUAAUUCAUGCCACAAUUGGAAUAUAGGAUUGAUAUUCAUGCUCCACUGCUUGUGAAAUCACCAUGUGGCAACCAGAGCC